AUGCCUGAUCCCGAAUUCGCCUUUCAGGUCUACACGACUAUUCCUCUCGAUUCCGAUGAAUUCGGUUUCCUGUGUGGUUAUCUCGACCAGGGAAUCGACUUCAAGCCCGGCCCUUCAUACGAGAUCUACUCUGUACCACAGCUGGAUGCCUUCACCGCAGUGGAGCAUCAACGACGCGAGAUCGCCUACCGCAAGAAUGUCAGGCCCGCCGUGGAGGGAGUGUUCCCAGGCAUUGCGAAGGUGAAUGCAAGGGCGAUCGACAAAGAAGGCCUGCUUCUGCUCAUCACCACUCACUCUUAUCGGGACUGGAAUUCCAGACGCCCAGAUGAGGAUCAAGCAGGGAUUCAAUGGGUGGCUUUCAACCGAAACGUGCCUCAGACACCAUCCGUUCCUCUCGUCCCAGAUGACCCAUAUUUCACACAUGAGCUGUAUCCUGAGUGGAAUGAGAUCGAGGUCAUAAAUUGCAAUGAUAUGCGCGCCAUGGGUCACGACCUGAAGAUGGUCUACUACGACGAGCAAUGGGACUAUGGUCUAGGUGAAGACGAAGGCCAGCCUUGUCCAUCAGAUUCGCCUAUCUCAGCAGAGACCCUCACCCUACUGGAUCAGAAAGCGAACUCCCUGUCACCCGAUCGCUACACCACUAUUACUGAGAUUGAUGGAUCUGUUACAAUUAUGUCAAAUAUGCACGCUGCCUCGGAACCAGAUCUGAGGUACAUCGUCCACCUCAAGUUCUCACACAGUGUGCCGGAUUUCAUCCGAAUGGCCCAGGCAUUCACCAGCGCCCUGGUGGCGAAUCUACCCGACCAAAGGUCCAUCCAUCUCAACUUUCGUCAAUCAUCUACCUCUGGACUGGCCUCGCUGGGGUCUGUUGUGGAUUCGCACCGUGCGCUCGUCGCUUCGCAGCCCUGUCUUGGGAUAGGUGCUAUGCAAACCAUCCGUCUCAAACAGGAUAGAAGCACCGUAAGAAUGCGCACCUUUCCCAACUCCAGAACAGAGCAGGAGGGAGCAAUCGUGUUCUCCCAGGGCUGCAAAACAUUCCUUGUCAUCCUAGAUAGACCGGACUUUCUCACGGUACCCGGCGUGCUAUUUCUCCAGGCGGACAUGGAUAAACGUGAUGAGGAUGAUACGUGGUUCGGAUUUAGGAACACCGAUCUAUAUCAGGUAUGGCGUUGCCUUACCAUGGAAUGGGUGGCAAGGAGACUGGCAAUGUUGUCUCUCGAGGAAUACCCCCCGAAGACGCAGACACCAGAGACUGAAUUAGCAAUGCUGUCCUUGGAGGAGAGCGGCGCACUGACACAGCCAUUAGACACUGAAUGA